AUGGCAAAUUCCCUCGGUAAAUUUCUGCUUCUGAUCUUUGGCUUCGUAGUUGUUGUCAGAAGCACAACACUAUCCCGCUAUCACGAGGAUCCAGCCCCAGGUGGUCUGGCAUUCAAAUACCCUUACCCCGUGCACUUCUACCAUUUCAUCUCGCAACAGCAAAAUCUAACCAUGGCCUACAUGGAUGUUUCUCCCUCCAACACCACAUCCCACGCUGGAACCAUCGUUCUCCUCCACGGCAAAAUGUUCUGUGGCGCAACAUGGAACGCGACCGCUCAUGCUCUCUCCUCCAUCGGCUACCGCGUCGUCAUCCCUGAUCAAAUCGGCUUCUGCAAAUCCUCAAAAACAAUGCACUAUCAAUUUUCCCUGCACCAACUCGCCACCAACACGAAUUUUCUCCUCCAAUCCCUCAACAUCACCUCCGCAAUCAUCAUGGGUCAUUCCAUGGGCGGCAUGAUAUCUGCUCGCUACGCCCUCACCUUCCCCUCGCAAACCCAGCGCCUCAUCCUCGUCGACCCUCUCGGUCUCGAAGACUGGCAGGCCCUAGGAGUCCCCUACCAGCGUCCCGACCUCACCUUCACCACCGAGCUCGCUACUACCUACACCAGCAUCAUGACGUAUCAGAAAUCCACCUACUAUGGUGGGACCUGGGAUCCCGCUUACGACGAAUGGGUCAAUAUGCUUCUGGACGUGUAUACGGGACCGCAGGGACGCACCUUUGCGUGGGAUAUGGCAUUAGUAACGGAUGCGGUUUUUGUGGAGCCGAUCGUGUAUCAGCUGCCGAAUUUGACGAUGAGGAGUUUGCUCGUGGUGGGGAAUUUGGAUAAUACGGCGAUAGGAAAGGCGUGGGCGCCGGCGAGUGUGCAGGCGGUUGUCGGGCAUUAUGAGGUGCUGGGGAAGGAGGUUGCGGCGAGAGUACCAGGGAUGGAUUUGGUGGAGUUUGAGGGGUUGGGACAUAGUCCACAGAUUCAGGAUUUUGAGACGUUUUGGGAGGCGGUGGAGGGGUGGUUGAGGGAGGUGUAG